UUCUGCACUGGGCCGGUGCAAGGAGUGAAACAGUGAGCUGUGCUAGAGGGAGGGUCGGUGUGUGUGUGCAUGCUAACAGUGUGCCUUAUGGACAGAGGGGGCUUAAGUGACUGUUGACUAGCCGGCUAGUAGGUGGAGGAACAGUAAGAACACAGACAGAACUCCGUGCUUGUGUGAUCCAGUGUUUGUUGUGGAAUCUAUACUCUCAGACUAGGAGGUUCUAGGCGACGGUGGGUUGAAGGAGCGGGAUGUCUAAGAUGACGUUGUGGUUGGGCCUCCUCCUGGCUCUCAGCGCAGGUCGUCUGGAUGCUUGGUUCUGGAACAAGGACCUUGAUCCUACUACCCAAGCCCCAACGAAGGCUCCGCCACUGGGAAAGGCAGGAGGACAGCUCAAGAGAGGUGAGGAGAACCUGGCAGGGGUUGGGGCAGAAAUCAUCAACGUGGCUGAUGGGAUCCGUAAGUUUGUGCAGACGUGGGACGCGACCCCAACCACUUGGACUGACAGAGGAGUGGCGAGCCCUACCACACAGAUGGCUAAUAAGGAGGAGUCUGUGUCUGGGGAAGGGUCUGGGGCUAAGGAAGGAUCUGGGUCUGGGGAAGGAUCUGGGUCUAAGGAAGGAUCUGGGUCUGGGUAUAAGGAAGGAUCUGGGUCUGGGUAUAAGGAAGGAUCUGGGUCUGGGGAAGGGUCUGGGGCUAAGGAAGGAUCUGGGUCUGGGGAAGGAUCUGGGUCUAAGGAAGGAUCUGGGUCUGGGUAUAAGGAAGGAUAUGGGUCUGGGUAUAAGGAAGGAUCUGGGUCUGGGGAAGGGUCUGGGGCUAAGGAAGGAUCUGGGUCUGGGGAAGGAUCUGGGUCUAAGGAAGGAUCUGGGUCUGGGUAUAAGGAAGGAUCUGGGUCUGGGGAAGGAUCUGGGUCUAAGGAAGGAUCUGGGUCUCAGAUGGGUUCAGGAUCAGGGUCUGGUUCAGCAUCUGGUGUAGGGUCUGGGUUUGGAUCGGGGGUUGAGUCUGGUGUAGGUUCAGGGACCGGCUCGGGUUCGGGGUCAGGGCUUGGAGAAAGGGAAAGCUUGGUUCUCCCCACUAACCUAACAGGGGUGGUGGAGGAUGACCUCACAGGGGUUGAGGGGGUGAAACAGGGCGAACCAAAGACCAACCUCUCUGACAUCUCUUCUCAUGACCACAAUGGAACCUGCCACCUUGUGCCCUCUGAUUGGCCAAUCUGCAUAUCAAGGGGGUCAAAGUAUUUCUCGCUGCCCAACUUCCUGAACCACACCUCUGUGGAGGAGGUUGGCGUGGCCCUGAGAGAGUGGGCGUGGCUGGCCAAGGCGGGGUGCCACCAUGGAGCCGAAUGGUUCCUCUGCCUCCUCCUCGUGCCCAGGUGCCCGCUGCCUGGCCAGGUGCUCGACAAGGUUCCCCUUCUGCCCUGCUGCAGCUUCUGCCAAGUCCUGCAAGACAGCUGCUGGCCAGCCCUGGAUGACGGGCGACUUCCUGUAGAGUGUAAUUUGCUGCCCGACAGGGAUCAGGAGGCGGGGUUGCGGUGUCCGCCAUGCGUGUCAGUUAGUAAUCGGAAAGCAGAGAGUGGUGUGACUCUACUGCAGCUGAUCGGAGACCUGCCUCCUGAUGAUUCCCAGGCCGGUCCAGGGGGGAAACCCGUCUACUACUUCGGAGGGCAGGACGGGCUGACUGCUGCGGGACAGCCGGCCCUGGCCCACCUCCCCAACCCCUUCUACAGAGACUUCUCCCUGGUCUUCCAAAUCCUCCCCUCCAGCCCCGGGGUCCUCUUCUCCAUCACAGACGCCUCCCAGAAGUUCAUGUACGUGGGGGUGAAGCUGAGUGCCCCGGACGCUGACGGCAGGAAUCAGAAGAUUCUGUUCUACUACACAGAGCCAGACUCUGAGGCCUCGUACCUGGCCGCUAGUUUCACCGUGCCCUCCCUGGACCUAGUCUCCUGGACCAAGUUCUCUCUGUCCGUGUUCAACGACCAGGUGACCUUCUUCAUGGGGUGCGACGCCUCUGGGAAGACGGUGAAGUUGGAGCGCUCGCCGGAUGACAUGGAGCUGGACAGCGGGGCGGGCAUCUUCGUGGGUCAGGCGGGAGGCGCGGACCCUGACAGGUUCGAGGGCGCGAUCGCUGAGCUGAACGUGGUGGGUAACCCUCGAGCAGCUGAGCUACUCUGUGAAGAUGAUGAUGACUCAGACGCUGCCUCAGGUGACUUUGGCAGUGGGGAUGGGGACAGAAGAGAGACCGGCAAAACUACCACACCUCCAUCUCUCCGACCAGUGCCAGAGCCCCCUCUGACAUCAUCAGUGAGCGACAGGCUCUCAGAGACAGGUGACAGGAAUCAUCAGACCUCAGUAGAGUCCAGACCAGGGUCAGGAGGUCAACCAGGCCCUAGUGGUUCUAACGGAGUGAAGGGGGACAGAGGGGAGAAGGGCAGUCCAGGGGACAGAGGUCCCGCCGGGCCAAAGGGGGAAUCGGGGUCUUUCUCCAGCUCUGCUUCUUCCGCUGGCUCUUCAUCAGGUGGAGAACGCGGAGAAAAGGGAGACAAAGGCUUGAAGGGCAGUUCUGGGUUUGGUUACCCAGGCUCCAAGGGGGACCGUGGUGUACCUGGUCCCCCUGGCCCUCCUGGCCCUGGGGGGCCAGCUGCCCAGGUUGUGAGGCUAGGGGAUGGCUCUGUGGUGCAGCCAGUGGUGGGGCCAAUGGGACCGAUGGGGCCCCCAGGAGCCAAAGGACCAGCAGGACCCCAGGGACCAGAGGGAGAGGCAGGGGAUCCAGGAGAGGAUGGCAAAUUAGGACCUGCCGGAGACAGAGGGUUCCCAGGAACACAAGGAGACUCAGGGGUCAAAGGACAAAAGGGGGAUCGUGGUGAUGGUCACCCAGGACCCAGGGGUCCUCCAGGGCCACCUGGACCCCCAGGCCCAGGGAUAGCUGAUCGCGCUACAUUUGUGGAUGUGGAAGGCUCAGGAGGAUUCCCAGAUUUGGAGAAAAUACAGACUCUCCGUGGUCUACCAGGCCCCCCCGGACCUCCAGGCCCCCCUGGCCCCUCAGCCGGUGGUGUCAGCUCCCAUGGGUCAGGCUCUUUCGGGCCCCCUGGACCUCCCGGACAGGACGGGGCCCGUGGCCUACCAGGGCCCACUGGUCCACCUGGCAGACCUGGAACCCCAGGAUCCAGUAGCGGAGAGAAGGGAGAAGCUGGUGAUCUAGGUCUUCCAGGGCCCAGUGGAGAGAGGGGUUCUCAGGGUGACCCUGGAGUGCCUGGUCAGGCAGGGCAGGGGGGCUUGGCUGGGCUUCCUGGGCCCAUGGGACCGAUUGGGCCUCCAGGACCACCCGGACCUUCCUACCCCGUGCGUUAUGGUGACGGGGAGGGUUCCGGAGUGACGGGGGUCAAUGGUGUUGCUGGAGUGAUAGGGAUUCCAGGACCACAGGGUCCGCCCGGAAUCGCUGGCCUUCCGGGAAGAUCUGGUUUGCCUGGGCUUUCGGGAGAGAAGGGGAGCGAGGGAGCAAGAGGACGGGAUGGAACACCAGGGAUGGACGGAUUCCCAGGACAAUUGGGAGACAAAGGGGAGAGGGGAGACAGAGGAGAAAGGGGUGAGCCAGGACGUGAAGGGGGGCCCCCUGGACCUCCGGGAGCCCCUGGCCCACCGGGACAGAUCUACCAAACCUCAGGCAGCUUUGAUGAAGUUCUUGGGAAUCAAGGACAGGGAGGACCAGGUCUUCCCGGCCGGGCAGGAUUCCCAGGGCCUAUGGGACCAAAGGGAGAUACAGGAGAGCCUGGACAGCCAGGAUACGCAGCUAAGGGGGAGAAAGGAGAACCUGGUAUUAUCAUGGGGCCUGAUGGAAGACCCCUGUACCUGGGAGGGCUGGGGUCUCAACCGGGAGAGAAGGGACUCCCGGGACCUGAGGGACCUCCUGGUCCCUAUGGUCCAGCUGGUCUAAAGGGAGAUAUAGGCAUGCCAGGUAGACCGGGCCGUCCUGGGUUGAAUGGUGUCAAAGGAGAGAGGGGGGAUUCAGCGGGAGGGACUGGAGGAUAUGGAGGUCCUCCAGGACCACCUGGCCCACCCGGACCCCCCGGGCCAGCAGUACCUCUGGACAGGUUCAAUAGGGAUGAUGUAUCACGGUUAUAUCCUGACUCCAAAGGAGACAAAGGUGAUCGUGGAGUACCAGGAAUACCCGGGGUACCAGGUCUCACGUCCAACUUUGACAUCUACACCUUCAAGAGGGAGAUGAAGGGAGAGAGAGGAGACUCGGGGAUGAAGGGGGAGAAGGGCGAGCCAGCCGGAGGAUAUUAUGGUGGCGGUUACGGUGGACAGGGUGGUCAACCUGGACCUCCAGGACUUCCGGGGCCAAAGGGAGAGUCCAUCAUCGGUCCUUCAGGGCCCCAGGGCCCUCCAGGUAACCCAGGAAGAGAGUACGAAGGCAGGCAAGGGAACCCAGGCCCACCGGGGCCCCCCGGACCUUCAGGAUCAUCCUCCUCACCUGGAGCCUACAGGCCAACACAGACCAUCAGCAUCCCUGGACCUCCGGGCCCUCCUGGCCCACCUGGAACUGAUGGACACUCCUCUGGGGUGAUGGUGCUGAGGUCAUAUGACACGAUGACAGCCACAGCCAGACGACAGGCAGAGGGGACGUUGGUGUAUCUGGUCGACCAAACAGACUUUUACAUCAGAGUACGAGAUGGCUUCCGGCAAAUCCAGCUUGGACCACACAUAGCUUUACCCCCUGCCCAGGGUAAUGAGGUAGCAGCUGUUGACCCUCCUCCAGUGGUCUACUACCAGCCAGACCAUCCCUCGAACACUGCCACAGAGCAACCCCCCAGACAGCUAGACCCCCACCAGCCACAGCCUGAGGGACAACACCCUGUUCACCCUGACCCACGUUACUCGACUCACCCGGAUCCACGUUACCCAGCCCAGCCUGAUCCACGCUACCCAGCCCAGCUUGAUCCACGCUACCCAGCCCAGCCGGAUCCACGCUACCCAGCCCAGCCUGAUCCAGGCUACCCAGCCCAGCCUGAUCCACGCUACCCAGCCCAGCCGGAUCCACGCUACCCAGCCCAGACGGAUCCACGCUACCCAGCCCAGCCGGAUCCACGUUACCCCUCACAUUCAGACCCUAGAUACCCCUCACACACUGAUCCACGGUACCCCAGUUAUACAGACCACCAGCACAACCCUGACCCUGUCCAGCCCCAGCCAGCCCCUGUCCCACAGAACCCGGUUUACUCAGACACCCGCUACCCUGUAACCCCACAACGCAGACCCAGACCUCCUGAGACCCCCAGCCACCAACACACGUCAGGACCAAGCAUUCACCUGGUCGCCCUGAACGCCCCCCAGGGGGGUAACAUGCGGGGUAUCAGAGGGGCAGACUUCCUGUGUUUCAACCAGGCUCGGGCCAUCGGGCUGAAGGGAACCUUCCGGGCUUUCCUCUCCUCCAAGCUCCAGGACCUUUACAGCAUCGUCCGCAAGUCAGACAGAGACCGCAUGCCCAUCGUCAACCUAAAGGACGAGGUCCUGUUUGACAGUUGGGAGGCCAUCUUCAGUGACUCAGAGGGCAGAGUAAAGGACAACGUACCCAUCUACUCCUUCGAUGGCAAAGACAUUUUCACAGACGGCACAUGGCCAGACAAGAUGAUAUGGCACGGUUCCACCAGCAGGGGGCACGGCCAGGUGGAUAACUACUGUGAGACGUGGCGUAUAGGGGAGCGUGCGCUGACGGGCAUGGCCUCCUCUCUACAGGGGGGCCAGCUCCUCCAACAGAGAACCAGCAGCUGUCACAGCUCCUUCGCCGUGCUCUGCAUCGAGAACAGCUACAUCGGACAGUUCAAGAGAUAGGACUGACUGACCAAACGCACACACACACUACAGCCAGAUCAAGAGAUAGGACUGACCGACCAAACGUACACACACACUACAGCCAGAUCAAGAGAUAGGACUGACCGACCAAACGUACACACACACUACAGCCAGAUCAAGAGAUAGGACUGACCGACCAAACGUACACACACACUACAGCCAGAUCAAGAGAUAGGACUGACCGACCAAACGUACACACACACUACAGCCAGAUCAAGAGAUAGGACUGACCGACCAAACGUACACACACACUACAGCCAGAUCAAGAGAUAGGACUGACCGACCAAACGCACACACACACUACAGCCAGAUCAAGAGAUAAGCCCAAUGAAAAACACACAAACACAUCAGCCAAUCCAAGAGGCCUAAAAAAAAAAUGUAAUUACCAGUGGAGGCUGGUGACUUAAAAAAUGAGGAGGAUGGUAGACCCAGGGUAUAGGCGCGGAACGCACGGAGACAACAAAGUGUGUUUCAACAAUCGUCAAAUACAAAUUAUUUUAACCUAAAUCAUUUAAUAAAGACAAUUUUAGUACACUAUUAUGGGGAAUGGGAAUGAGGGCUACUUACAGUGUUGGAAAGGGACCACAGCAGUGAUUGAAUGAGGGUAUGAGGCGUGAGUUGAGGUGUUCAGAGGCUUGACCAGUGCAGGACAGGAUUUGCCUAGAAAGACAAACAAUAACACAACACGCGACACAGUUAGACAAAAGAGCUCAGAAUGAGUUAGUCUAAGCAAAGAGUAAAAUCAUUGAUGUGUAAUAAUGUGAUUGACUCUACAUACAGUAAUGAGAGAACAUUGAUAGGGGGACUUACAGAGCUUGGAGAGGAAACAUUCAAUGUGCCAGUGGAUGAGCGGGAACAUGAGACAUGGAUUCAGUUCAUGUCAGGAGAUAGUUGACAAUGGUAGUGGAGUGAUCAUCACCUCUUAAUCAGGGAACAAGGAGGGGACUUCCCUGGAAAUACAAAUAGCAGAUACAGGGAUUUCCUCUACCCAGACAAAUAGACAACUGGGCUGAGCUCGCUUUAUGCAUGUUAUGCAACUGUAGGCCUUAUAAAACAUUUACUCACAUCUAUCAUCGCUAUUAUGUUGAUUGAUUAAUUCCAGUUAAUAAGCCUAGCCAGCCCAGUUUUGAAUAUAAACUACAUUUGAUCACAUUUUCUCCUGACACACAAAUGGACUAUAAAUACUUAAUGUUACCAAUCAGUUUAUCCUGACCAGACGGACAGAGUGCAUAGGCUGUAUGCAGCUUCUCUUAUUAGGAGCCUACAGUUGAUCAUACUGAAAUAUAGUCGUGUUUUCAUCCCAUACAGCAUGUCCGAUUUCUAACGUUUAGGUGUAGCCUAGGCUGCUGCAACAUUUAUGUCAUGAGUUUUUGCUUGUGUCUGUCCGGAGUGAUUGUGUUAUCAUCUUUGCUAAAUAAAUACCGGAGGAAAGAGGAAAGCUUA